AUGUCGAAGCCACAGACGGCGACGAGCACAUCGGUGAAACGUCUCGCUGGGGACGAAAGAGGAGAAGAAGAAGAGGAGGAGGAGGAUGAGACACCGCUAUACUCCAGGUCUCCAUCACCGGUACUCGACCGGCCGAAUAAACACGAGGCAGCGAGCUUGCAGGAUUACUUGGCACCUCGCAAUGUAGGCCAUGCUAUGCUGCUCAAGAUGGGUUGGGUCGUUGGACAAGGUCUAGGCAUCACGGGCCAAGGAAGAGUGGAGCCUGUUCCCAUCAGCGAGAAGCGAGGUUCAGAUCUGACGGGAAUUGGAAAGAUGUCUUUGGACCUUCGAACGGUGGAUGCGUCGGUUGCGCAACGCAGAGAGAUGGCGUCGGAACGAAUGGGUAGGGAGACCGAAGAAGAGCGAUCUCGCAGAUUGGACGAGGCGGCUCGUAUGGCCACGGCAAAAGCUGGAGCAGCGGAAGCAAAGAGCGCAUUCAGAUGCGAGCUGUGCGAUAAGGGCUACUCCAUUCCUUCGGCGUACGAAGCGCAUUUGACCUCUUACGAUCAUCAUCACAGGAAGCGCCUCAGGGAAAUGUUGGCGAGCGAGAAGGCGCGGCAUGGGGCAGGAGCUACGGACAAACGUAAAGCAAAGGAAUCUGCGCGAGAGGCCAAAGAGCUGGCUAGGCUGAUGGGUGCCAGCGCACCCACUGGUCGGGCAACGAAGCCUCCCAACACGACGGCUGCCGGCGGGCUAGGGCCUCAGAGCGCUCUGGACAGCGCAGGAGAGGCUUCUACGAGCAAUCCGGUAAGGCAAGAAACUUCAACGAAUGCUUCGACAUCGGCUCGGCCUUCUCAAGGUGGAGGUUGGAAGAAGGUAGGCUCUGCGAGCGUCUUGAAUGUCUCUGGUCCGGCGGCAUCUGCUCCGAACAACCCUUCGAGCGGCGUUGCCAGGCCCUCACACGAUCCGCGCGAUUCUCAUCACACACACGCCACUGCCUAUUCACGUCUCAGCGCGCCCAAAUUCAGGUCGUCCGGCUUCGAAACGCUCGAGACCACUUCGACAAGACGCGACGAGCGCACUUCAUCGUCCACCCUUGCGAAGCUACCCGCUGGGUUCCGACCCGUCGACUCAUUCCGACCCCUUUCUACGCCCAAACAGACCGCAGCAUCUUUUGCGCCUGUGCUGUUGCUCGAUCGAGCAGAUAGACAUGUCGCGCCAAGUUUGCGUACGAGCGGGGAUAGCGAUCAGCAACCUGCGGAGCCUGCCAGUCCUCCACCGCCUCCACCAGAGGAUGUGUAUCCGCCUCCCUGUCCGGUGGAAGAUUUCCCACCUCCGCCUCCUCCGCAGAACUAGGGAUGAGAUUGAUGCUUGCGUGCGCGCUCAAAGCUUUCAACGAAUAUCUCGUCGCCGGACUUUUCGUGUCCCGCGUUUGGAGAUCGUGGUGCAGACAUUGCUUGAGCUGAAAGAGGGCGAUGAGGUUCGAAGAACAAUGUGAUGACAACACUCGGCAGGCCACUGACUAGCUACGGGCCUCGCGCCUUGCCUACGCUUUACAACUCGUGCAGAAGAUUACCUCUUCUGUUAAACGCCUCGGCUAGGCGUGCGACUAGACCUGCGCUCACUCGCGCCAAGCUGCUCGAUCCAAUCAUGGCUGUUCUGGGGCCACGUCAACGCCUGCGGACGAUCUUAGUCUUGAGGCUUGUCCACAUUCAAGAAUGCUGCUCUCUCUGAUACAGGUAGCCGCAUGAGUGCCGCAAGAUGGCCUUCAGAGGCAGCGCUGGCGCAAUUGAUCUCCAAUCAAAAUGAAGAGCUUGACCGAGUCAUGAGUCACUAUACAGUUUUGAGCCUAGC